AUGUCUCCCGGCAUAACGACAAUCAUAGGAACCUCUAUACUAGGAAUAAGCAUUCUAGGUGGUUUUCUCUUCUACAACUUCUAUCGGCGUGAGGUAUCCUCAGCCCAGUCCCUCAAUUUGUCAAGCGACAUCACAGACCGAUACAGCAAAUUAGCAAGCGUAUUCGAUGAAAAAGUCGAUUUUGAGGAGAAACUUCUAUGCCUCGGGAAGAAGCGCGCAGAUCUUAUCCGUCUAGCGCGUGGUAACGUGCUAGAAGUUAGUUGCGGCACAGGUCGUAAUCUUGAGUACUACGAGCUCGGGCAGCAACAUGAUGCAAAUAGUGCUAGUGUUCGAUCUUUGACACUUGUCGAUAUUGUUCCACAAAUGCUUGAUGUCGCAAAGGAGAAAUUGAACACUCUGUAUCCUGAAUAUAAGGAUGCGGUUACUUUCCGGGUUGAAGAUGCGGGAUCCGUUUCUGUCGAGCUGCCCUCAAACAGGGAAUCAUCCUCGGCUACUUGUUAUGAUACUAUAGUGCAGACGAUGGGUUUAUGCUCUAUCCCUGAUCCUCUUGGUACUUUGAAGCAUCUUGCGACAAUUAUUGAGCCACAUCACGGGCGAAUCUUGCUUUUAGAGCAUGGUCGCUCGUGUCAUGGUUGGAUUAAUAAUGUCAUGGACAAUCUUGCACCUGGUCAUGCGAAUCGAAAUGGAUGUUGGUGGAACCGAGAUAUUGGAGCGAUUGUUCGCGACAGCGGAUUGGAGAUUGUGGAAGAGAAACGGUGGCUUUUUGGAAUAAUUUCGAGAUAUAUUUUGCGGCCAAAGCAAGUUCCAUCAUAA